GGAACCUUGAGCAAGCACUGCAAUCCUGCAGUCACUGGCCAUCACUGCACUUGAAGCAAGCCAGUGGCAGCCAGUUCUUUCUAUAUUUUUAUUGAUCAACGCCAUGGCUUUUUGCUCCGCAAGGGCCUCUUGCUGCCUGGGCUGAUUGGUCCGCGAAUGGUGGCGCUGGUCCGCUCACAGGUGGCUAGACUGUUACCAUGGCUGCCCAGACGUUGCUUCGGUGAGCUGAGCAUCUUCGAGCGGAUGAGGUCUUCAGGAAAGAGAGUGGGCCCCGUGAAGCACCGGAGCCUCUCUGACAUGGAGAAAGAGGACCUUUAUCCAGGGCGAGGGAACAAGCGCUGCGAACGAGGACACCUUGCUGGCCCACAUUUGCAGCCAUGGUAUUUGACUUCACACUUGAGGGGCGUGAACACGGAUGCUUUGCCGAUGGCCAAGUUUGAGCGUGAGCAAGCAGACGCCGCCUCCAAAGCGCCGGAGCACAAGGUGAAGACCACGGGCCGAUUUCGAGAGAUGGCCGAUGCGGAGCAGAAGAUGGAACUGCCCAAGAAGCCACGCCGCGUGAAGAGUGUGAAGCGCGCGGUGGUCAUUCCAGCACCUGGACGACAACGACCACAGGUGGUGCUGCAAAAGGAGCCGCGUGAGAACCUCUUAAGGCAUUUCAAGACGCCCACCAGUGAAUGAGAAGAACCUGCCUUGGAACCUGACUUCGGAGAGGAAACUUUGCUGGACCUAGCUGGUACAUGUGCAGCGUUGAGAAAAAAGGAGCGGAAGCGGCGGACGUCCGGUUCGUGCAGCAAGG